AUGAUGCUGAGAACGGAGCCGAAGAACUAUGGCCUGAGGCCGACGGGCGUCCUCAUGUGGCUUUCGCUUGCUGCGCGGGUAUGGACAGUCUGCUUAUUGAUUGCCGUCUUCACCAUAUCGUGGAGGUUUUGGAGUGAAGUGAGCGACGCAAGGGAUGCGGGCGGCGCAAAAGUGUUGCCGACGCAGCCAAGGCCGCCGCAGCCGCCGCAGCCGCCGCAGGCGAAGCCGCCAAUACCGGUGAUGAUCAUUUGGAUUGUGGGGCUGUCAAUUGCCAGCUUCGUAUGGUCGGCCAUGGUCUCCUGGAGCGGCCACAGCCAACGGUUCAUUUGGUACUUGCUAACGCUUGCGGGAGAAUCAUUUUUGGUGGUACCUUGGCUUCUAUCCGCCAUAAUUGUGCACAUGCCGUUGAAAGACAAGAAGUGCAGCACGUUCGGCAAGGCCGACUUUCAGGUAAAAUUCGCGCUUGGGUUUCUACCGUUUGGGACCUUCGUGGUCCCAGGCGGGGGCUCGUCGGCGUGCGACAGAACGGCUGUCCUCUACGUGUUGAUGUAUUUGGUGGCCCUUGGUUAUUUGGUCGGCGCAAUGGCUGUGUUCUGGUUAUGGCUCGACCGCAAUCCCGCCCAGAAUCCCACCCAGGGGCAAUAUCAACAACAAGGGUACGGCCCACAGCAGUUUAUAGACAAUUCCACCGGAGGCGGAAGGCCGCAACAACUGCAACAACCGCAACAGCCGUACUUCCAGGGCGAGAAGAAUAUGGUCGACGGGUAUGGAUACCAGGACGCCGGGACCGCCGGGGCCGUUCCAGCAAGGACCGCCGGGGCCGUUCGAGCAGCCGGGACCGAUGCAGCAGGGACCGAUGAAGCCAGCGCCGUUGCCACUGGCAAUGGGACGAGGACUGCCGGUGCGGCCAGGGCCAAGACAGGGGCUGCCAGCAGGGCCGCGGCAACAGCCACCGUUCCUAAUGGCAGGAGGACGCUCCGUUUGCAGCAGCGGCAGUACCAGCAGCAGCAGCGGCGACGACGGCGGCGGCGGCAGUACCAGCACGAGGUCGGUUCGCACCAGGGCCAGCGCCAGCAAGACAAGCAGAUCGUGGGUUCGCACCAGCGCCAGCAGGUCGUGGGUUUGUGCCAGCGGCACCAGCAGCCGGUGGGUUUGAUGGAACAGGCGGCGGGUAUAACGAACCAGCGUAUAACGAACCAGCGUACGAUGAGCCAGCGUAUAACGAACCAGCAGGUGACGGAGGUGGCGGGUAUGGACCACCACCGCCGCAACCGGCAGGCAAUCCCGCAGCUCGCAGCAGCAGCCGGCGGAGCAGCCGUGGGAGGGCUAGCGGGAGCAGCAGUAGUCGGAUGGCAGCAAGAUGACGGGCCUCCGAACGGGCCUCCGAACCAGUUCGGACCAGGUGCACAGCAGCCGCAAGGGCCGCUCGUCGGCGGCAGACGACGCCUGAUUACCCAAGCGGAGCUCGACGCCGAGAGACCGCCGGACGACCUCGAACUGGACCCCGAGCUGGACCCCGAACUGUUCCCCGCUGCGCUGAACACGGGGCAAGCCCGCGGGGCGGGGAGAAACCUGACCGGUGGCCCCAACGAUGCUGGCAUGCAACCCGGCGACCCCAGAUCCAUACAUCCCGAUGACCAGGAGCCCAUAGAUGGGCUAGGAGACGAAGAAAUGAUGGGAGACGAACAGAACUAUGAUGAGUGGGAAGACGACGAGGGAGAAAAGGGACUGGAAGGCGAGAAUGGGGAGGAAGGCGAGGAGGGCGAGGACGGAGAAAAGAGACCGAAGAGAGAAGGCGACGACGACAAAUCCGAGUAUGAAGACGACGCAUUCGAAUCUGGCGCAGAGGACGCCGUAGAUGCCAAGGGUAGGAGAGACUCGACUCUCAAGGUCCCGGGCUCGUCGGUCCCGCAGAAGACCUACAAGGCAUACACUCCCACGCCUGGCCUGACCGACCGGGGCGCCUCGACUCCCAUGAACGGCGCCGCAAAUGACAAGUACAAAUCGUAUUAUGGGAUCGGAGACUACUACGACCAGUCGCCGGGGCAGAUGCCCGAAGACGACAGGCUCAGGACAAACACCGGGGACCGAAGCCCCUACUCGCCGGGGAGCCACUAUUCGUCCGUCCCGGUGACGCCGCUGCCGCUCAACACUAGCAAAAGCCCUGGAUUGUCUGGCGGCAAGAAUACAACGGCGCGGCAACCGAACAACGACGACCUGGAAAAGAACAGCGGGCAGCAAAAAUCCGGCGGCUGGUUUGGGGGCUUUUUCGGCGGGGGCAAGUGA